AUGUAUCUGGGGAAAAAGCUUGAAGAAAGACAAAGAUCUGAACCAUUCUUCAAUUUUCUUUCCACUGUACAUGAUGCCACAUCUUCCAAGACAAAAGCCCUUGGACUAAUGAACAUCAUCUUGAAAUCUGACAUCCAAACUUGGGCCCAACACCUUCAGGAAAUAUUCAAAGAACCCCCACUAGGAGAGAUGAUUGCAUUCUGGAAAUUUAUCAGUGAGCUUUUGUAUUUUAUGCCAACAUCAGCCCUUCAGGUGACUUUGAUUGAAGCCAUAAAAUUGGAAAACCAAUUGGGUGAUGAGCAAGGCACAAGAGUUUUGAGGUCUCCACGUUUAGCCUUGCUAAGAGUAAUAAGGAUAGGUGGAGCAAAUAUGAAAGAACAUAUUUCUAUACUGAAGGAGGUCAACAAACCUGAAAGAGUCAUAGAUAUCUUCACAAGGGAAGAGCAAGAUAAGUUAGGAGUACAUAGAAUGCACCUAGAGGGUAAAUGGUCCUCCUUUGAGGAAGAAUUGAUUUAUCAACACUGGGCUUCUUAUCACCCCAGGGAUCUUGCUGUUAGCACGGCACGCAAGGUGAAAUAUUCAAUGAAACCGGUGCUGUUGAAUGUUUCCGGCAAAGGAUCUCAGCGGAUCACAAGCAGCAAAAUGUAA